ACGAUUUUUCCACUACCUCCUUUUCAGGCAGGUGCUAGAGGAUUCACAAAGGCGGCUUCCCGAGCUGGAGGACAAUUCGCUAAAAGGGGCGGUGCUAGAGCGGCCCGUACUGCUGCUACGAAUGUCGGGAGAGCAUCGACUAUGGUUCGUUUAUCACUGUGAACAAUCAUAA